UGCCAGUUUAUUUUCUUGGGGGCUGUGUACAGCUCAUCGCUAAAGGAAACAGCUUUAUUUCCAGGAGAGAGGCAGGCGGGUGUUAAAACCCUGUUAAUCGGCUCAAGAUAAUUUGCUACGGAGGAGAAAAAAAAAAAAAAAAAAGAAGAAAGAAUUAGCUUAAAUCUACCCGGCUUUGAACCAGAGCUAGAAAAACAGAACGAGCAGGAAUUGGCAGUGAUGCAAUGCAGACAAUCUGCGGAAAAAUGAUUCUGCUGAAGAGCAAAGAAGGAAUGAAGACACAGACCAUCAACAAACCAGGUUGUUGAUUUAAACUGCUUUACAAGGCUGCGAGCAGGGUUACAGAACUGCUUCAAGACGGACCGGACAGUGGAUCGCAGGGUGAAAGCCCGGGGAGUCAUGAAGGACAAAGACUUUAUGCCCAAUGCUGAAAGAGGUAAACCAGCUACUUAUACCGGGGAUAAAAAGGCAAGAAUGGCAGCCAAGACCAACCAAAAAUGGAUGAGACUUGCAACAGUCUUUGCAUAUGUUCUUUCCGUGUCAAUGGCAGCUAUAAUUCUGGCUAUUUACUACAGCCUAAUAUGGAUGCCGGUGAGAUCCAGUGGAGGAAAUAGUAGCAAUGCCAACCUGAGCCAUGAGGUAGUCAUUGUGUCUCCAAAUCAAACCACGUACACCCAGGCGGUGAUCUCGGAGUCUGCCGACACCGUUCACACCACAGAAACCAAGAGUGGAUUCAGGCGUGAAAAGAGAUCACAAGAAAAUCCUAAACGCUCCAGAACAGAGGAAAUACAUCAGACUAUUGGGAAUACACACGAGCCGAGUACACCUGGACAAUCAAACCUUCAAGAAACGGAAGAACAAGAAGACUCCAUUUCAGAGUUGGUUGACAACCCUAAAAAUAAGGAUGGAGAAGAUACCAAAGUGGUAACAUGGUCAGAGAGGCGUUCGGUACAUUUAAAAAAGAUGACAGAAAGAGAACAACACUGGAGAUAGCCAAAGAUUAAAAGCACUUUCAUCUAAGGGAACAUUUGUAUCCAUAUAUGCAUGGGGGUAUGGAUGCCAACAUUAAACCCAACACUGCUAGCAAAGCCCACAAUGGAUUGCCGGCUAAUCUGUCAACACAGGGAUUUAAGUAGCAUCAACCUCUUUGGAACAAUGUGAGCCAAUAACUAGACUAAAUCUGCAAUUUUUUGCCUUGCAUGUUGUUUCCUUAUCUAUUAAAUUACCUUUUCCCCAGCUGGCUUAGAGACACAGGAAAGGCAGACACAGACUGAAACUAGUUAUAGCGGAUGGGAGAAGAAGAAUAUUUAUUUUGUGUCCCCAGUUCUUCUGGUGCAAGUAUCAACAGUUUAUAAAGAUGUCUCCUUAAUGAUUUAUUACUAUUCAGUUUGUUAGUGCGUUCUGUGCCCGUAGACCAUGCUUGGUCAUAGUGAAAAGUGUUGGUUUUAGUCAGGAGCCAAGAGAUUAUUCAGGGAUAUAAGAGCUCUUCAGACAUUAACCAGGCCUCUUCUUUGCUAGCAUGGAUCUCAACCUCAGACACUUGAUAACCAAGAGUGCCAAGACAGGCAGGGCUAAGUUAUCAAACAUGGUCUAAUAUUUUACUAAAGUCCAUAUACAGUAUACCAAGGCUAAAUGAAAGAAGUACAAAUGAACUACACAAGCCAGGUAUAAGUCUGAAAUAUAUUUAAAAAUAAAAUAAAAAGGUCCAUAUUGAACUAAUGGCAGUAACAUCUUUCUGAAGGCUGAAUGCAUUGGUAGCCAAUAUAUUAGAGAAAAUAUCAAGAGUAUAAACUAAAUUUAUGCUGAAAUGUAUCAGCUAUCUUUAUAAUUAAACAAUUCGUAGGUAGCUAAUUUUAGUACGUUUACAUACUUAUAUGCAAACAAAAUCACUGAUAAGUGGGACUGACGUAAAUGGAUUACAUGUGAUUAGCUGAUAAAGUAAAUAAAGUAUUUCAGAUUGCAGGUGAAAAAUAAAUUCUAAUUUCAAUAUUCCCUUUGUUUUUCUGAAUUGAAAUUUUUGUCAGCACAGAUUUUUUUUGUCCUUUAAAAAUUGUUUUUUUUUUUUUAAAAAAAGGGCUUGCACAACCAUGCAUCAUAAUUAUGCCACUGUCAUUAGUUUAAUCAGUGUGAGGCUUAAUGCCAAUUAAUAAAGGACAAAAACAAAUCGUAAGAAAUUUUAUUUUACAGUUAAUUUUUAUUACCUCAAAAAAUCCAGUCGACGCUAAGUGGGCAGGCAAUAGGUUCUAUUUCUGGCAUCGGAAGGGUUAAUUAUGAUCAAUUAAUCAUGAAUGAAAGAAGUUUUAUUUUAUAUAUUAAGAGAUUGAAACAGUCAUUGUGGAUAUCACAGCACUAUUUCAUUUUGAUAGGAUUAUAUUUUUUACAGGGAGUGUUGCUCAGGUAUGUAAACAGGUCAAUUAUACACAAAUGUAUAUAAGGUGUACCGUGUAUAUAGCUUGCAUACAUGUAUACUCAAGCUGUGCUAGUAGAUAUGUUUAUAGAAACUGUUCUGAAGCGUCUGUGCUGUAAAGAUCCAAUGGCCUCAUAUAAAAUCUCCUUGCACCCUAAAACCAGUCAAUGCUAUUGAAAUUUUCACUGGUCUGGCUAGUGUAGCAAAGAUACAAAUAUUUCAUUCCGGCAUUCCUAAUAUCCUGCAGUAGGUGACCACGCGUACGACACUGUACGAGUUAGAUUAAUUUGCAUAGAAUGCCUUGGAUGUGCCACAACAGGCAUAUCAUUUAAAUGGAGAAAACACAAUUUGGAUUUAUUUAAAUAGUAAUAGCGUUUACAGGCUUAUUUAUUAAAGUGAUUUGAAAGUUAAUUAAUAUUAAAGAGCAUGUCCAUCAUAUAAGCUGAGUGACCAAUGCAAGUAAAUUUUUAAAAAUUAUUUGUGUUUAUGCAACAACGGUGGUAAAUGUAAAAAAAAAAAUUGGGUGCAUAAGUAGGAGAAAACAAUAGUCACUUGUCUAAUUGCUUAAAUGAACAGUCUAAUCUAUGCCCAGGUUAACUGUAAUAAGAUCAGGGUAGUUUAAUAGGUUUUGGUAACUUAGAGACAGAGAUAGGACUAAUUAAUAAGAUGUUUGGAGAUAUGUCUUGUAGGAACCUUCUGGAAACGAUACUUUGCAUGAUUCAUUUUGUUUUCUUUGGCAGUGCAGAGAUAAACAAACCAGCUCUCUGUUAUGUGAACAAAUGGCCAUUCACGUAUUUAUCUCGAUGACGCUGUCUCCAAAUUAUACUAUAUCCUAGAUCAGUAGGAUUUAGCUUUUUAGUGUCAGGGACCCAAAUUAUGUCCCAGUAUUUUUAGUGUCAGGGACCCAGUAUUUAAUUGGAAAAUUAGCUCAGUGAUCCAUUCUUUAAGAGUAAUAUGAUUACAUGAAAAUACAUUUCGUAAAACUCCUUAAUUAGACUCUUCCUGGUUUCAAAUUGAUCUACAAUGCACUAGGGAAGGCAGGACUGUUACAGUAAACAACAUAUUGUGAGCAGUUGCCUAGGGGACCUAAAUAAUAAUAUGAUGUAUCUGUUCCAACUAAUUGGAACUCACUAAAAUGUGUUUGUUUUUAAAACAGAACAUACUAGGCAGUAACGUACAAUGUUCAUAUGCACCAGUGAUGGUUAAACUUUGGCUCUGCAGCUCAUCCAGCCAUUGUUGCAGCUAUCCCUGUCAGGGAAACUAAAACAAUAUUUGAGAGACAUGGUUUGCCUGAGCAAUACAGGCCUAACAGCUGCUGUUGCAAAAGUUAGAAUUCAAACAAAAAAUAUACAUUUAUGUCGAAUUUAAAAGUCUUAGUGUUCCAUACUUGCUAAUUUUGAAAGACUUCCUAAAAAUGUCUCUGCAUAAUUUUCUAACACCAUGUUAUAGCCUUUGGUGAUAUCCUAAAGCUGCCCCUUGGUAUCUCUCCAUGUGAUAAUGUUUUAGUUGAUGUAAAUUUAUAUGUUACAAUAUCUGGUGCAUUUCCUAGUGAUCUGAGGCUGAGAUUAAAUGAUAUAUUUGUAUAGUAAUGCAGAAUAUGCUAGCAUUUUAAUUAAUAGUCUAUGCAUGCAAUAGCUCUCUUCGAUCUCUGCUUGGUCUUUUGAGAUGUUCUUUUGAAUUAAAGAGUGAGAAGUUGGGUUAUGACAUGGUAUGACAUAGAGUGCCGUUAGAUUCUGAUGCUAACUAGCAUGGGAUCAGUGAAAGAUAUGCCACUUGUGUUCGUUUGUAAGACAUCAUUUUGGUUGUGUUGUGAAGAAGGUCAGGUUUCAGGGUAGCCAAUUUGAGGCACUCCGUAUGACAUUAUACUCGAACUUUAUCAUGCUCAGUUGCUCUCUAACUUGAGUUGUAUAAGCAUUAGUACAUAUAGUUUACAUUCUGUUUCAAAGCAUUCUAAUGGAAUUUUUUUUUACCAACGGGUAUAUCCGAACAUUGGAGUUUAUUCAAUAACCAUGAAAUUGUGGAGACGUGAUCAUUUUUAUAUUUGGGUAAUAUUACACUCCAGGAGUUAUGCAAAAGUUAAAAAAUAAAAUGAAAAGAAAUACAGUUUGAAAAAAAUUAGUAAAUAUCAGAGACUUUUGCACGGUGAAAACAAAAAUGUUGUUCAGGUCUGAUAUUCUUUCAUAUAACAAUUCGGUUCAAACAAAUUUCGGCCUUGCAAUAAUGUCAGGAAAACAAAUUUAGAUGAACCAACAUGAAGGAUAACAAAUGAGCCAUUGUAGUGCAAAAUAUAUACAUAAUAUAAAUAUUAUGUGCAUAGUUUGCAAAAUACUGAAAGGGGCAUUUUCCCACCAUUAACAGAUCAGGUGAGAAGAAGUAGCCAAAAGAAAAAAAACAAACAAAUAAAAAUGAGCAGUAACAAAAAAUUAUAAAAAAAAUAUAAAAUACAAAACAAUAUAUAUAUAUAUAUAUAUAUAUAUUUUUUUUUUUACACUGCUCCUCCUUUCUUUCCCUCUAUCAGUUAAUGCUCAAUUGAUUUUUUUGAUGCCAAAGACAAAACCGAAUGCACAAAUCUAGCAAAUAUAUAAAAUAUGUUUUUGGUAUAGAGUUUCACUACGCUCACAGCCAGAUCGUUUUUCACUAUAGAAGACUUAGGAGGCCAGGGCACCUUGUAAUAAUAAACCGAAAAAAGAUAAUUAAAUCUAUUUAAAUAUGCAGGUGUGGGCAACAGGUAAACUGUACCUGUUUAAAACAUACAGCACACAUAACACUUUGCCAGUCUGUAGGCAAACUCUUAUACCCACUACCCAUGUGUAAAUACUCGAGGUAAAGAACAUAACAAUAGAUUCUGGAUUUCAGAAUGAAAAGAUCACGGAGAUCUUUAGGUUACUAUCAAAAGCAUUUUCUAGAACCAACCUGGGUUUGCUAAAAUCAAGUGUAACUCCAGUAUUUGGGUAGCACAGUAUGAUGAGAGAAUUGGAUGAUUCAACUUCCUAUAGUCAAAUAACAACCAAUGUGACUGCAGAAGCCUCUUGUGACACAGAUAUUGCUGCUUGCAUCAUCACACAUUCACUCCUGCCACUGACAACACAAGGCGUUUUUUUGAGAAACAGCCAUGCCACCAAUUUGCGUAAGGAUGUUAGAUAAUCCCCUUAGUACACCUGACCAAUAUGUAAUCUUUUCAAAAGCAGUCUUGCAACAUAUGGAAUAAAUUAAAACUAACCAGUCGCAUGUUUGAUUACAGGUACAAAAAAUAAUACAUUAUUUAUGAGAUAAGGUUCUGCCAAACCAAAGCUUUAUGUAAUACAUUUCCUUUGGUAAAACCUAAUGUGUAGUGAUCAUAAAAAAGUUUAUCCAAACACCAAAUUAAGUCAUUGAGUGUUGUAAUAAUUUUUCAGUCUUCAUGAAUUCACAAAAUCAUAUUCCAAUGUGAAUUCAGUCGCCAGAUUGGCAAACAGAUUUUGUAAGAUGCCACUUUAAGUUCACACCAUGGGAUUUAAUCAUCAAACAAUGAGUUUGACAGCCAACUAGCACAUUUUGGAACAUUAAAUAUCAAAAAUAAAUUUUUUAUUUUUUUUUAAAUCUACAAACUAUUGACGUUCAUUGGUUUUACUUUAAAUUUGGUAAUUAAAAAGGAAUGGACUAGAAGCAGCAGAUUUCACAGCUAUUUUUUUAACCCCCGGAUCAGAAAAUGGCUUAGAAUUCACAAUUAUUCUCUACUAUUCCAAAUUUAAUAAACAACCUAGUGAGAUUUGUUUUCCCAAGUAAAUUAUUUUCACCUUAAUAUAGCUGUCACUUAUCACAAUUCAAGGUUAGUGUAUACAAAUUCAGGAGAUGUAAAGCUUGUUGAAAUGUCAUUAUUUAUAUCUGUAUAAACCUCAUAUUUCAUGCAAAAUGCAAUUUCUAUGAAGUUUAUAAAUUUAUCCCUUUGAGUAAACAGAAGUGUUCUAAGAGCAAUACGUUUGAUCUGCCUCUAGCACACAAAGUGUUAAAUCCCAUUCUGCUUUUAAAAUAUUUCUAUUAGAAGGUAGCAUUGAAAAUUGUUUCAGGGGUAGCUUGGCAGUAAAACGUUGCAUCUGUAACUGUCAUGCACGGAGUCGCAUUACACAGGCAUGCUUGAUGCAUUUUUUUAAACCAUUGUGUGUCCAAGAUGGCCUGCAACCGGACCGCACAGCAACACCGCAGGCUGCCGUUAACCUUGAAAUAAAGCAUCCUUUUCUAAGCAUUUAGAUAAGUUAUGUUUCUAGGCCUUGAAGAAAAAUGCACUCUUUUAAUAUACUGUUAAAUAAUUGUGUACAUAUCUAAAUUUGUACUUUGCAGAGACUUCACACAUUUUUAUCCUCCUUUUUGUGCUUUAGAAACCGCUGUAUAUCUUGUGAUUUGUUUUUUUAAGGUUAACAAAUACAGCUAAUUCUAUAAUAAAAGAAAAGUGUACUUGUGAUUUCUUUCUAUUUAAUUACAUGUUUAUAAAUGUAUGAUUUAUUUAUGGUUUCAGUAGACAGCUUGCAUAGAAGAAAUAAUCUAGGCAGAGAGCCAUAUCCCAUAAAGAUUUUCAAUUAUGUUAACUGGACUGUGGACUCAAG